GAGAAAGUUCCAGCUGGUCGGAGUAAGGCUGAACUUCGUGCUGAGCGCCGGGCCAAGCAGGAGGCUGAGCGGGCCCUGAAACAGGCAAGAAAAGGAGAGCAAGGAGGGCCACCUCCUCAGGCCUGCCCCAGUGCUGCUGGAGAAACCCCUUCAGGAGUGAAGCGAGUCUCUGAGCACACUCAGGCUGAUGACCCCACACUUUUGAGGAAUCUUACUAAAAAAACAGAAUGACAACAGGUUCCUACGCGAAAGGAUUAUGGAUCAAAAGUCAGUCUUUUCUCCCACCUACCCCAGUACAGCAGACAAAAUUCCUUGACCCAGUACAUGAGCAUCCCAUCCUCUGUGAUCCACCCAGCCAUGGUGCGACUCGGCCUGCAGUACUCCCAGGGCCUGGUCAGUGGCUCCAAUGCCCGGUAUAUUGCUCUGCUUGGUGCCUUGCAGCAGGUAAUUCAGGAUUACACAACCCCUCCCAAUGAGGAACUCUCAAGGGAUCUUGUGACUAAGUUAAAACCCUAUAUCAGCUUCCUGACUCAGUGUCGCCCUCUGUCAGCAAGCAUGUACAAUGCCAUCAAGUUCUUUAACAAGGAAAUCACUGCUGUGAGCAGCUCCAAGCGGGAAGAGGAGGCCAAGACAGAACUGAGAGCAGCCAUUGAUCGGUACAUACAAGAGAAGAUUGUUCUUGCAGCUCAGGCUAUCUCACGCUUUGCCUAUAAGAAGAUCAGUUAUGGAGAUGUGAUCCUGGUAUAUGGAUGCUCAUCUCUGGUAUCACGAAUUCUUCAGGAAGCUUGGAAUGAGGGCCGGAGGUUUCGGGUGGUAGUGGUGGACUGCCGGCCCUGGCUGGAAGGAAGGCAUAUGCUACGUUCUCUGGUCCGUGCUGGCGUCCCUGCUUCUUACCUAUUGAUUCCUGCAGCCUCUUAUGUCCUCCCAGAGGUUUCCAAGGUGCUAUUGGGAGCUCAUGCACUUCUGGCCAAUGGAUCUGUGAUGUCACGGGUAGGGACAGCACAGCUGGCCUUAGUGGCGCGAGCCCAUAACGUGCCAGUGCUGGUCUGCUGUGAAACAUACAAGUUCUGUGAGCGCGUACAGACUGAUGCCUUUGUCUCUAAUGAGCUAGAUGACCCUGAUGAUCUGCGGUGUGAGCGGAAAGAUCAUGUGGCCCUGGCUAACUGGCAGAACCACUCAUCACUACGGCUGUUGAAUCUGGUUUACGAUGUGACUCCUCCAGAGCUCGUGGACCUGGUCAUCACAGAGCUGGGCAUGAUUCCUUGUAGUUCUGUACCUGUUGUCCUACGAGUCAAGAGCGGUGACCAGUGAGGGUGAAACACGAUCAAUAAAUGACAUACAUCCUCCC